AGGUGCGCGCGCACCCGUGACCUCGCAAGACCACAAGCACGCAUCGAACUCGUCAUCGCCGGGCGCGAAAAAUAAUACGCACACAAGCAAUACCCAUGCAUACACUGCGGAAAUCAUGGACAGAGCGAUCGCAAUCUCUUACGGAAGGUUCUCAGCUCUUUUGCUCGUGAACUGGACGCUGAAGAAGUUGAGCAAUGGUUUUCAUUACCUCAGGAUAGUGGAAAUGCCCCGUCUCGACUGCAUGCGAAAGGGCCGCUUUUCGCGUGUUGAUGAAACUAGAGCGCCUUUCUAGUUUCUCGUUUGAGAUCCCGCUGGUCUCGUCCAGAUAGCCACGGACGCCGGACGGUUAGACUGGAAGAAAAAAUUUGAACACUACAUUGCUAGCCGUUGCAACCACUUCCGAAGAGAAAGGGAGGAAGUCGCACGCCGCUGCCGAGCAAAGAGCAGGAACAGUUGGAGGAUGGCAUAGGGAAGUUCGAGCAAGGUUUUUGCUGUUGAAGAGCAGUUCAGCAAACUAUGGUCAUGUGAAACUGUGACAAAGAAGAUGGGUGAAACUCCUACGACGGGGGCAAAAAGUUAACGAAGGAAAUCGAGUGUGAGCUGGGGAAAGGCAUUGAAAAAGCUAAAAACGCUUACGAGAGACAGUGAUAGUCUCAGCAGCAGUGGGAGUAGCAGUAGCAUCGAACUCAGCACUAGCCCUGAAGCAAGCAGCAGUUUGACAUCUCGAAGCAGAGGGGAACGAAACCGAGAUGUCCCACUGCCUAAGCCUCGUAAACCAAUGCCGCUACAAACAGAAGUACAAAGCAGCCGUUCAAGAGAAAACAAGACACAACCUCCCAUGCUGAAACCCUCGAAUAAAAUAGAAGAUUCAUUGCAGGCACCUGACCAACCACCCCCUGUGCCUCCCAAGAAGCAACACUCUCCUCGAAUUUCUGGGACGAGACAGUCAGCGAGUGUCACAGAUGUGCUUCAACAAGGCUUCAGUGUGCAUACCUCAACAGAAGAAAGAAGAGAGUGGACGAGGAGGAGUCCAAGGAAGUGGCAGUGGAGGAAGGAGAUCAGACUGGAGACAGUGGGCAUGGAGAGUGGGUCUGGCUCUGUGCAACAUGGAACUAUCAGCCAAUGGAGAGAAGCUAUAAAGAAACCUCCACCAGAACCUAAAAACUACCCACCAAAAGAAGGAGAGAAGAUGGAUGAAUGUGUUUCAGAAACCAACAAACGAUACACACAUCUCAGGGAGGAAACAAUAGAUAGAGUGGGACCUUAUGAAAAAGUGAACUAUGGCUCUCCGUUGCCCUGAGCUGAUCUCGUGUACUGUGUUGAUUUAAUGUGCAUGUCUUCCUUAUGAACCGAUGGACUACAUGAAUGAAACCUAACAAUCCCAGCAGUCAUGAUUUUAUACUUACUGAUGAACAACCUUUAUAAAAGUCCAAA